UAUUAUGAUUCAAAUUGUUUACAAAUUAAAUUUUUCAGCUUAUUUUCAAUUAAUUUGAUCAUUCAUCUUUAAUCAAUGUGAAUCGAUUAAAUCAAUUGAUCAUCAAGAUGACUGUAUCGAAUUUAUCGAGUCAAUUAAUUGUUCCGAUAACAUUAUGGGGAUCAAAAUCGCCCACACAUUGUGUUUCGACUAUUAUUAUGACCGAAGAUUAUCAUACAAUCAUUACUGGCUGUAAUGAUGGACAGAUUUGUAUCUGGGAUUAUUCAUAUGAAAAUGAUUCGUUGACACCUCGAAGUCUAUUAUUCGGACAUUCGUUAGCAGUUUUAUGUUUAGCUAAUGGAAAACAACAAAAUGAUAUUAUGCAUUUUGUUAGUUCAUCAGAAUCUGGUGAAAUGUCAUUAUGGGAUCUUUCCGAUUCACGAUGUAUUGAAACGGUAAAACAUCAAUAUAUUCAUACAAACAUUCAGACAUAUGUGAUGAAUGAUGAUGAAGUUCGAUUUUUUUGCAAUGGCUAUUAUUCUGAAAUAUUUAUUAUUGAUGGUUUAACAUUGGAAACAUUGUUUACAUUGAAUUCAAAAUUAAAUCCUGAUUGGAUUUCUGCUAUCCAUGUACUUCGUUCGCCUAAAACUCAAGAUGAUGUAAUUAUCGGUCUUUCCAUUGCCGGUAUAAUGAAAGUAUGGACAUUAAGUGGUCAUGAAAAACGAUCUUUAGAACCGAUUUAUGAGAAUGAAUCAAAACCAAUUCGUUGUGCUAAUGCAACACAACUAACAUGUUGUGUUUAUAAUCAGCGAACAUUAUUAAUCAUUUCACCAAAAUAUUGGCAAAUCUAUGAUGUUGGAGAUUUUGCCCAAUUAUGUAUGAUGAAAAACAAUCGUGGUGAACGAUGGCUAGGUGGCCAAUUUCUUUCCACUGAUCGUGUCAUCAUAUGGAAUGAUAUGGGAAAAUCAUUUCUUUAUAAAUUACCCGUAAAUAAACUAAAAGGCAAAGCUGUAAAGAGUUGUGUGCCUGGUAACAGUGAAUUCCAUAAUCUUAAUAUGACCAAUCAACCAAUUUUAUAUGCAACAUUGAUGAUGAAAAAUAAUGAACGAUUACUUUGUCCACCUGCCAUCGCCUUUUAUAACUUUUCUGAGAAAAUGAACGAUGAGUCUUCAGACAUUUCAAAAAUUGUGCUAUGUGGUGAUUCUCAUGGUCGAGUCUCAAUCUGGAAGUUGAAUGAUUACUUGGUUGAUUCAUUACAGGACAACAUUCCAGAAAUUGAACCAAAUGUUUCCCAUUCACUAACGGCUGCAUGGAAAGAACUAAAAGAUUUACCUUGCGGUGUCAUUGAUACUUUGUUGAAAAAAAUCGAUGAUCAUCCGAAUAGCUAUAAAAUAACCGCAUCAGUUUACAUACCUACUUUGGGUCGUUUAGUUUGUGGUCGUGAAGAUGGUUCAAUUAUAAUUGUAUCGGGUAAUCAAACUAUUAUGUUACAAUUGUUACUUGGACGUCAUUUGGCCUAUGAGGAUUGGCCUCAUCAUCAAGUUCUUUGUGGCCAUUCCGGUCGUGUCAAUACGCUAUUAUAUCCACAUCAUCUUGAAGAACGUUAUGAGGCUGCUCAUCUUGUUUCUGGUGGUGUAGAUUUUUCCGUCUGUUUAUGGGAUAUUUUCAAUGGUUCCUUGUUACAUCGAUUCCCAGUUCAUGCAGGUGAAAUUACUCAACUAUUUGCACCGCCUAAAGAUUGUAAUCCACGUGUAUUGAAUUGCGUAUGUUCGGUUGCAUCCGAUCAUUCGGUAGCAUUAUUAUCUUUGAAAGAACGUCGUUGCCUAAUGCUUGCAAGUCGUCAUUUAUUUCCAAUAACAACGAUAAAAUGGCGUGCUAGUGAUGAUUUUCUUGUUGUUGGUUGUAUAGAUGGAUCGGUUUAUCUAUGGCAAAUGGAAACUGGUCAUUUGGAUCGUGUUCUUCAUGGAAUGUCCGCCGAAGAAGUACUGAACGCUUGUGAUGGAGCUUCAAUGAAUACGGUGGGUGAUCGGUUUGUCAAUCCUGCUGUACAUUUAUUUCGCGGACUACGACACCGAAAUCUGGCCGCCAUAAGACAAGCAGCCGUUCGUGGCCUACAUAAUAUAAGUGAACAUCUACAGAAACAGCGACAAGAUAUAAUCGAUGCUUCCAUUCGAUCACGAACGAAUCCAUUGCUGAUACAAGGAUUGCGUACGAACCCGAAAGAUCAGGAGAGUCAUAUAUUAUUCUUCGAUGUUGAAGCAUUGAUUGUUCAAUUAUUAAGUGAAGAAUAUGAUUUAUUAUCACCUAAUACGAUGGAAUCUACUGGAUUAACAUCGAAUGUUGAAUAUAAACGUUUUUCUGAACUGGCCUGUUCAACUGAAUCGAAUAAACUUUCGGGUUUAUUAGCUAAAAUGAAAGAUACAGCUGAAAAUGCUGCGCAGAAAAUCCAGGCAAAAGCCGAAUCUGUUGGUUUCAAAAAUGUUUCUGGCGAUAUAAGCGUUGGUUUUUAUCGCAAAAAUUCUUCCGCAUCCACAGCGUCCGGUGGUGAUGGUAGCGAUCAAUCACGUCGAUCAGAUCCUCCAAAUAAAUUAAAUAAUCUAUAUAGCAGUGAUGAUCAUAUGCCUAUGGAGAUAGCUCGAUUACUUUUGUCAUUACUUUAUGCAUGGGGAUUGGAUUCAGAUCUGGAUAAAGUUUGUGAAUCGAAACUUGGUCUUUUAAGGCCAUUAAGACCCGUUUGUUUCGGAAUGAUUUCGAAAGGUGGUCACAUGUCAUUACUAUUACCGACGUAUUUGAAUCACUUGGCAGAAAAAUCAAAAGAAAAUGAUGUUUUAACAACAUCGAAAACUUCAAUGGCAUCUCAGCAGCGAACUAACCAACCUUUGAUUCGAGCUAAAAGUGUGAAAAUUGCAUCAACUUUGCCAGUAGAAUUACAAAUUUGCGAAGAAAUGGCACGACAAUUUACGGCACGUUUUCAUUGGGAGUUAUCCGCAUCUAUAACCACUAAUCAUCUUUUAUCAGUCAUUUCACUAGCUAAUACAUUCAUGAUAAUGGCGAAUGCUUCGUUUUCAUCAUCAAAAUUUGAAUCUAAUCGACGACGUUUGAUUCGAAAAUUAAGUCGACAAAAUAGCUAUACUCCCGGAAGUGGUAAUACUCCAAUCAAAGAGCCAUCUAUUGUGGAAAAUGAAAACGAUAUUAAAGUUCGACAGCAGCAAAUUCAUGAUGCAUGGCAAUUGAUUGGAGCAUUACAUUGUGUUAUGUUGCCCGAUCUUAUUAAAUCACCUUUUCUAAAACGACCAUUAGUUGAUUUACUUGCCAAACGUUGGCAAGAUCGUUGUAUUGAAAUUCGUCAAGCUGCUCAAGAUUUACUUCUAUCCGAACUGAAAUCAAUAGGAUCAAAAGGUCGUCGAUUGAUCGUAGAAAAAUGGUCACUUUAUUUACCCAAUUACGAUGAUAGAUUAUCCGAUUCUCACAUGUCAUCCAAUUCGGUUCAUAAUAAUAUCACAACGAACGCCAACUCUACCGUUUCGCAUAAUAUUCAAGCUCAUUAUAAUGCUCAUGCUACCACUCCGACGACUCCUUCAUCGGAUAAUUAUCAUCAUCAUAUGUCUAACAACGCUAAUAAUCAUCAUCAAUUGCAUGAAUAUUCUGAUGGUGAAGAUGGUGAUGAUGGAGACGACGAUGAUGAUGAUGAUGGUGAUGAUAUUCGAACACCAGCUCACUCGGGCACAAUUAAAUUCAGUACAUCUGGUUCGGAAGGUCGUCGCAGACAAGCUACUGCUAUUGUUUUGAUGGGUGUUAUUGGCUCGGUUUAUGGAAGUGAAAUCGAAUCAAACAAAACAACAAUUAACACAACAAAUCGUUUGAAUCCCAAUGAUCUUCAACCACCGCAACAGGUCCGUCGACGUUCAAUUAUUGAUGGAUUCGGUGGUGGCGGGAAUUAUAACUUAGCCCGAAAGACAAGCAAAGCAUUAUCAUAUCUUUUGUUAGCACCGCCAUCGAAUUCCUUACCCUAUCAUACAUCAUUACGUAGGGCUUCUAUUGAUUUGAUUGGUCGUGGUUUUGUCGUAUGGGAACCAUAUCUUGAUGUAUCGAAAAUAUUGCUUGCAUUGUUAGAGUUCUGUUGUAGUACCGACACAGAACAAUCGAUGGUUCCAAGUCUUAAAUUUGGCCUACCAUUAACACCGGCCGCUGAUUCAGCACGUACAGCACGUUGUGCUCUUCAAAUGAUUGCCGAAGCUAGACCGGCAGCAUUCAUAACGACAUUGGCCAAAGAAGUAACCCGUUAUAAUACAUUACAACAACAACAGCAAGCAUCAUUGAAUAUUAUUCCACAUCAAACCGUAUUGUAUCGUUCUCGUCCUGAAAUUCUACGAAAUCUUGAAUUGCUAAUCAAAGAACAUGAAAAAGAUGUUUAUGAUCUAAUCAUUGAAACAACUGAUAUUGUUCUUUAUUCAUUGGAUCAAAAUGCCCUCAAAAAUAAAGGUUUGGGGGAAAUGUUUCCCGCUUUAACUCGAUUUCAAAAUGUUACCUAUUGUUUGUCAUCUAAACGUGUUGCUGUUGGUUCAAAAACCGGAAAUCUGGCCAUUUAUGAAUUGAAAACGGGAAAAUCACAAUUAAUACAAGCACAUAAUGGAUUGAUCACUUGUUGUGCAUUUUCACCCGAUGGAAAAUAUCUAUCAUCUUAUUGUUGUACAGAGAAUAAGAUUUCAUUCUGGCUUACACAGGCCGUCGGUUUAUUUGGCCUUGGAAAUGCCCAAACUAGAUGUGUAAAAUCAUUAUCAUGUCCACCAAUGUCCGAACCUGUCAGAUCAUUAGGACCAUUAAAAUCGGCUAAAUUAGUCUGGGUAUCUAGUAAAUUAGUCAUAUUAUUAUUUGCCGAUGGUAAAGAACAUCGUUUUUGCAUCUAAUCAAUCCACUGGUUUUUCACAUCAAUACUGCAGUGAAAAAAGUCGAAUAUUUUAUUAUUUUUCGUUUGUUUUCUAUUUUAUUUUGUUUUGUCUGUUUGAUUCCAUUUUUGUUGUUUUUUUUCAGUGAGUUAAUAAAUAAGUGUUGCCAUAUAAAAUUCU